CGCAGGGAUCCGGAUGUCAGGACGGAGUUGAUUUAUAUAAACUUAACACCUGCUGGCGCUUUGCAAAGCUAGUCAGUUUGCUAAACUGUUUUCAGUCCUCUACCACCCAAACUUUCACUUCCUCUGGAUCGCAAAUCCUCAAUACGUUCAUUUUCGUUUAACUUCAUUUCAUACCGACUCAUUUAAAAAAGGAGCGCGUGAGAAGCAUUAUUCGUUUAUAAUGCAAGUCGAUGUGUGAAGACUCACUUCAGUCGUUAAAACGAAAGUGCACACAGUUUGACAUGCAGAGAUGUUCGGGCUGAUGUCAUGUUGGGCUGUUUAUGGGUGUCCUUGGCUCUUCCUCGUCUUCAGCCCCCGCUCCUUGUGUAGCUAUUUUAAGCAGCGCGUCUCUGUCACACACAUACAGCGUUUGUUCUGUCGGAUGGAGAUCACCAUGAAGUUUAUGUGGUCAUGAGGAGCGCAGGAUAGAAACGCAUCAUCAUGAGGAUGAGGCAAAGCAGGUAAAUGCCGGGCCUGCUGAAUGAAGGCGAGCAGAAGCACGUGGACAUCAGAGGUUCUGUCUAACUCAUGAUGCCGUCGUCCACGCGGAAAGGAGGUCUGAAAGACCCGGAGUCGACCAACCUCUUUUUCAAAGAUGACCCGGAAGAAGUCUUCUGUGACCUUCACGAGAUCGGCCAUGGGAGUUUCGGAGCAGUGUACUUUGCCCGAAACUCCUAUUCCAACGAGGUGGUGGCCAUUAAGAAGAUGUCCUACAAUGGCAAGCAGACCACUGAGAAAUGGCAGGACAUCAUUAAAGAGGUGAAAUUUUUGGAACAGCUACGACAUCCAAACACCAUUGAAUACAAAGGCUGCUACUUGAAGGACAACACAGCAUGGCUUGUGAUGGAGUAUUGUCUCGGCUCUGCUUCAGACUUAUUAGAGGUUCACAAGAAACCCCUCCAAGAGGUUGAAAUUGCUGCCAUUACCCAUGGUGCCUUGCUAGGACUGGCUUACCUACAUUCCCAUAACAUGAUCCACAGAGACGUGAAGGCUGGUAAUAUCCUCCUGACUGAGCCUGGUCAGGUCAAACUGGCUGAUUUUGGCUCCGCUUCCAUUGCCUCUCCUGCCAACUCCUUCGUGGGAACCCCAUACUGGAUGGCUCCAGAAGUGAUUUUAGCCAUGGAUGAGGGUCAGUAUGAGGGGAAGGUGGACGUCUGGUCUCUGGGGAUCACAUGCAUAGAGCUGGCUGAACGCAAGCCUCCUCUCUUCAACAUGAAUGCUAUGAGUGCCUUAUACCACAUCGCCCAAAACGACUCUCCCUCCUUACAGUCCAAUGAUUGGUCGGAUGCAUUCCGGAGUUUCGUUGACUACUGCCUACUAAAAAUUCCUCAGGACAGACCCUCCUCAGCAGAACUCCUGCGGCAUGAGUUUGUGAGGAGAGAGCGUCCUUUACGGGUCCUCAUCGAUCUGAUCCAGAGGACGAAGGAUGCGGUCAGAGAGCUGGACAACCUGCAGUACCGUAAAAUGAAAAAAAUCCUCUACCAAGAGAAACACAACGGCCCAAUGGGGGAGUCUCAGGAAGAGGAGGAGGAUGGAGAUCAGGCAGGCUGUAAGAUGAACAGUUUGGGCAGUAAUCAUUCCAUCCCCAGCACCUCUGUUAGCACCGGCAGUCAGAGCAGCAGCGUCAACAGCCUGCAGGAGGUGCCAGAUGACUCCUGCUCCGAGCUGCACCACGACUACGACAGCACCCUCGAGUCUUCCACGCACCACAAAAAGGAUCAUCAGUAUAUCCCUGAUGAGCUUCCUCACCGGGACCACCGGUCGGACCUGCAUCCGUCCUCAUCGGAAAGAGCUCCGGCUCAUAACUAUAAAAACCGUGAGCGCUUCGCCACCAUCAAGUCAGCCUCACUGGUAACGCGACAGAUCCACGAACAUGAGCAGGAAAAUGAGCUCCGAGAGCAGAUGUCAGGGUACAAACGCAUGCGACGGCAGCACCAGAAGCAGCUGAUUGCUCUGGAGAACAAGCUGAAGGCAGAGAUGGAUGAGCACAGGCUGAAGCUCCAAAAAGAACUGGAAACCCACGCCAACAAUGCCUUCAUUGAGCUGGAGAAACUUGCCAAGAAGCACGCCAUCCAAACUGACAAAGAAAUGAAAACACUGGGAGCUGAUGAGAAGAAGUUCCAGCAGCAAAUCAUGGCCCAGCAGAAGAAAGAGCUCACCAACUUCCUUGAUAACCAGAAGAAACAGUAUAAGCUGUGCAAGGAGAAGAUCAAAGAGGAAAUGAGUGAAGACCAUAGCACGCCUAAGAAAGAGAAGCAGGAGAGGCUCUCCAAGCACAAGGAGAACAUUCAGCACUCUCAGGCUGAAGAAGAGGCUCAGCUGCUGGGUCAGCAGAGGGCUUUCUACGAUAGAAACUGCAGGGCCUUCAAACGCAAGAUCAUGGUCAAGAGACACGAGUUUGAGCAGGAGCAGUUACGAGAGGAGUUGAAUAAGAAGAAGACCCAGAAGGAAAUGGAGCAUGCUAUGUUGAUCAGACAAGACGAGUCGACUCAAGAACUUGAGCACAGACAGCUGAAGACGCUACAGAAACUUCGCAUGGAUCUGAUCCGCCUGCAGCACCAAACAGAGCUGGAGAACCAGAUCGAAUACAACAACCGGAGAGAGAGAGAACUGCACAGGAAACAUGUGCUCGAACUACGGCAGCAGCCCAAGAACCUCAAGGCUAUGGAGCUUCAGAUAAAGAAACAGUUCCAGGAUACGUGUAAAGUCCAGACAAAACAGUACAAGGCCCUGCGGCACCAUCAGCUAGAGGUGACCCCCAAAAGCGAGCACAAGACGGUGUUGAAAGCCCUGAAGGAUGAGCAAACGCGCAAACUGGCCAUCCUGGCCGAGCAGUACGAGCAGAGCAUCAACGAGAUGAUGGCAACACAGGCACUCCGUCUGGAUGAGGCUCAGGAGGCGGAGUGCCAGGCACUGAGGCAGCAGCUGCAGCAGGAGAUGGAGUUACUCAGUGCGUACCAGAGCAAGAUCAAGAUUCAGACCGAGGCUCAGCACGAGCGUGAGCAACAGAAACUGGAGCAGAAAGUCUCACUGCGCCGAGCGCACCUUGAACAGAAGAUUGAGGAGGAGCUGGCUUCUCUUCAGAAAGAGCGCACUGACCGAAUCAAACACCUGCUGGACCGUCAGGAGAGAGAAAUCGACGCCUUCGAUAUGGAGAGCCUUCGUAUGGGUUUCAAUAACUUGGGUGCUUUGGACUACCCUAAAGAUGACUACAGAUGAGACCAUAACACUCCGCCCCAUCCUCCCUCUUUCCUGCUCGUCCACUUAUCCUUUUUUUUUUUUUUUUUUUUUUUUUUUUUGGAACAAAUCUGUUGUUUUUGCUACUGACCGUCCUAUCAAUCCUCUGGGCUGGUGCCUGCACAGGCCUUACACAUUUCUAGACACAUCAUGGGAGAACAUGCUGGAUAACAUCCUUUAGUUGUCUCUUUUUAUAUAUAAAUAUUCUAUACGAGACGAUUAAAUCUGUCAGUGUUGAUGUCAAUGUUUUCUCGUGCAAUGGUAACACUUUCAGUGUAAUUACAAUUAAAUAGAGAUUUCAAGACAAAAGCAAUAUGAACGGGGUUUGUAUUGCCAAUUUUAAUCCAGAUGCACUUUUUUUUUUUUUUUGACAGGUUGUGAUUUAAGAAUUUUUUUAAAGCUUUUUUUUUUUUUUUUUUUUUUUUGCUGCAGCCUCUGCCUCUUGCUGCUUGAAUCUCUAUUUGGUAUUUAUUCACCCAGAGAAAAUGACAAACACCUUUUAAGUAUUGGCGAAAUUUGAUAAAGUUUGCUUAUUAAACCAGUGUACAUAUUUGAUAGUUGCAUCUGUGACUCUGAGAUUCUUAUGGUAAUUGAAUAUUUUAUUUUUUUGAGAACCCACUGCAUUCAUAUGUACGUUACCAUAAUUCACCUCAGCUGAGGUGCACAAUGUGAUUAAUACAUAUGUGAAUCUUAACUCGUGGUACCCGCACAAAGGGCUGAAGGGGAAGGGACAUGUAUUUUGUGUAUAGAAGGCUUUAUGGAGAACUUUUACUUAUUUUCCUAUUACAUUUUAACUGAAUUGCAAUUUCUUUUUAUAUAUAUACACAUAUAUACACACACACAUCUAUAUAUAAUAAAUGUUUCACCACCCUUUCCCUCCUGCAGUCACUGGUGAAAUUUUCAAAAGCCUCUCGUUUCAUGAUCUUCUCCAGCUGUGUAUUUUCGACAAAGUCCCAUUAGUGAAUAAAAACGCUUUACUGUCGCAUGCACUUUACAUUUGUUUUCAAGGUGAGGAGGCAUGAUUCUGUCAGAGCUUUUAAUUAUAUUUGUAAAUAAAGUGCUCAUCACACAA